AUGAUGGUUAUAGCUGUAGGUCUAUCUUCUUAUAACGUGGCAUUAUUCCAUUUAGUUAAUCAUGCAUUCUAUAAAGCAUUAUUAUUCUUAGGUGCUGGAGCAGUAAUUCAUGCUGUAGCAGAUAAUCAAGACUUUAGAAGAUAUGGUGGAUUAAGACCAUUUUUACCACUUACUUAUUCAGUUAUGCUUAUAGCUUCUUUAAGUUUAGUAGCUUUCCCUUUUAUGACAGGGUUCUAUUCAAAAGAUUUUAUUCUUGAGUCCGCUUACGGUCAGUAUUAUUUCUCUGGUACUGUUGUAUAUAUAAUAGCUACUAUAGGAGCAAUGUUUACUACAUUAUAUUCUGUAAAAGUGUUGUAUUUAACAUUCUUAACUAAUCCUAAUGGACCUUUAAUCAAUUAUGAAAAAGCACAUGAAGGUGAUAUCUUUAUGAGCCUACCUUUAAUGAUUUUAGCUGUAUUCUCUAUAUUCUUUGGGUAUAUUACAAAGGAUAUGUUUAUAGGAUUGGGUUCAGGAUUCUUUUCGGAUAAUGCUUUAUUUAUACAUCCUUCUCAUGAGAUAAUGUUAGAUACUGAAUUUGGAGUACCAACUCUAUUUAAGUUAUUACCUUUAAUAUUCACUAUUUCAUUAAGUGUAAUUGCUAUAGUGUUAUCUGAAUACUUAUCUACUAUAUUAAUUGGUUUUAAAUCAUCUAGAGUGGGUUACAACAUAUUUAGUUUCUUUAACCAACGUUUCUUAAUAGAGCUAUUUUAUAACAGAUACAUUACAGGUAUCGUAUUAAAACUUGGUGGACAAACUACUAAAGUAAUAGAUAAAGGAUCUGUAGAGUAUUUAGGACCUUACGGGCUAGAGAAAGGACUAUUGAAUAUAAGUAAUAACAUUGCUAGAUUAAAUACUGGUGUUAUUACAUCUUAUGCAUUAUAUAUCUUAAUAGGGUUAAUCGCUUAUCUUUUAUUUAGUUCAUAUAUUAAUAGUUCUAAUAUUAUAUUAGUAUUAGUUAUCUCUUUAUCCUUAGCAUUGUUUCAAAGUAGAGAAUAA